AUCAAAAAUAUCGUUUAAUCGAUUAAAGGUUGUAUUCUUCGGAACCAAUAGGCUUGAUUCGUGAGAAUUGAGAUUUUAUCGGUGUUUAUGAUCCAAAUCAUGUUAUUGUACAUCUAGGUACAUAACAUCUGGUAUCAGAUUCACUUUCCUGGGUUAAAUUUUUCAAUGGCGAAACUUAAACAAACCUUGCAGAGUAUACACCGCAGUUUGGAUAUUAUUUUCAAGUUCUUCAACAUUCCCAACCCUAACCCCAACAACACCGAUGCUUCAAUUGGGUUUUUAGAUUCGAAAUCACAAAUUGGAAAAUCUACUACAACGAUUAAAGAUUUCAAGGUUGUUGAAUCUGAAGAAUCCAUACCAGUUCCUAUGAGUAUUGAUGAAGAAGCAGAUGAUUCCCUUGAGUUGGAAUUGAUUCCUCCAUUUUUCUUUGUCGACAAUGAAGAAGUUGAUUCUCUAGAGGAUUCAUUUUUAUUCGAUGAAGCAAAGGAUGAUUCAACCAUUGCUGUAGUCUACUCAAUUGCAACCAGAUCUGUGAGUUUUCAAUUCAAAAAAAUCGCCAAAGCUUCCGUGAAACAUUUUUAAAGUAAGAAUCAGAUGGAAUUGGGUGAGUGUUUAAACAUUUUUCUUAAUUCUUCUCAUAACAUAUUCGAUCGGGGAAAAGAGUUUAAACAUAUGACAGGGACUUCUCGUUUUGCUAUGUGUGAUUCCUUGUUUUGGUUUAAUUUGGAUAAAUUCUUUGAGGAAAAUGCUCAGGAGAAUGGGUACUGGUCAUUUACAUGGUUUAGAGAUAAAAUUUCUCGUAUGUUAGCUAAUGGUAGAGUUUCUAGCACUGCUUGGAUGAUGUUUGUUAAAAUUCUUCUAAUGAAUAUUGUGGGUUGUGAGAAGGCAAAUUGUAUCAACCACAAAUUGCUUACAGUGAAAUCCUCUCACUCUUGUUUUAAUUUCUCUGAUAAAGUAUUUGAUAGGGGAAAAACGGUUCAACUUAUUGAGGGGUAUUUCUAUUCAGCUGGUGAUUAUGAAGGUUAUUUACCUACAACUACUCCUUGUAUGAUUAUACUUACUGGGUCGAUUUUGAUGGAUGCAUAUAAUAGUGAUUCUGUAAGUAAUUUUCUGCAGUAUGGGUUGUCUUAUGAGAUUUCAGUUCAUUCUCUCGGAUCGUUGGUAGUCACUCAGAUUCAUUUAGGGAGUUUUGACUGUCUGUUUGAGUUUAUUAUGUUCAAUACCUUAAUCAUACUUCACCAUGGGUUCUUAUAUCUGCAACCUUGGGUUUUUUUUCAUGUUGCACUGUGGUUUCAUAAGUCUCAGGGUAAUUGGUUCUACCAGAUUGCUCGAACUUGUGCAUUGGUUAGAAAGAUAUCUGCGCAACUGAUUCGGUUUGACAGUUCAGCUGGUAACUGACGGCUACAAUGGCUGCGAGAAAUUUAAUGUUGGGUCAAUUAGCUGAGGCUGUAGUGGGGAGGUUCAGUAGUGGCGAUGUGGCUAUUCUCGUAGAAAUUCAAUUUUAUGUGCUUACUGCUACAACAUUCAUACUUGUUGGCUUGUUGGAGGUCAGUGCAGGUGCACAUGGGCACAAGAAAAGAUUUCCAAACCUAGAGACUAUGAAAGUUUUUCUGUUUGUGAGACACUUCUGACGAAAAAUUUGCAUUCCCAUGGGGUUUAUUUGACACCAUUUAGCUGCAUUCCUUGUCUGACUUCUGGUUACGACCAUCUGGUGGGAAUAUACUCUUUUCAUUCGUCAGGCUACUUCCUUGCUGGUUUCCGUUACUGGUGGGACCUGGCUUAUCCAGCAAGGGUAAAUUAUAGUUGGACUAGAUCUUUAUUCGUAACAGUGGUGAAGCUCAUACAUUUUUGCAGAUUCAACAUGGUUUUCUUUCUAAUACAAGAGAUACAUUUAGUGAAUUUUGGAAGGGCGGACCAAUAACAGAACAAUUUCUAUGUUAUUGUUGUUAUAUAAUUUUCAUCCUCAUCUCUAAAUAUGCACAUCAACCAUGUUCAUUCAAUACUUCUGUCAUUCUUUCUCAUAAUUCUAAGGUGCUAUUCUACUGCAAGUUGCUCGGUAUUGAAUGUUUUUAUAUUUCUUUUGCUUGUACUCGUACAUUAUUUGAUCGUGGGAAGGCAUUAAUUACUCAGUAUGUGGAUUCUUGUUUUGUGGAAUGGGAGUUUGAAAUUGGGUUUGUCUCUUCCAUGGGUGGGAAAUUAGUGGCUAAGGGUGGAUCAGAAAUUUUUUUCUCACCGCUGAAGUGCGGUUCACUGGAGGUGCCGGCAUGUGUUCUCAAGGAAAUUUCUUCUCAUAUUGUUGUUGUUGUCCCUUUUUUCAUAAUACUUCAUGAUGUGGUGCAGGACUUUCUGACAGUUAUUGUACAACCAAAUGGUGCAACCUCUGUUUUCGAAGUUAACCAAAUGGUGAACCAGCUGCGUCCUUUCUUUGUGUGUAAGAUUAUGGACAUGUUCACUGUUAGCAGACGAGUACAAGAAAGUUCAAUUCGACGGUCGAUUUUACUUGCGGACCUAUUUUCUGGUGUGACAAUGAACAGCAUGAAACGACCUCCUGUGGUUCUUGUUAGAGUAUACUUCACACUCAGGUGGGUUUUGAGAGUUUGUAUGUGCGAAUGGGUUUUCUUGAGAUGUGUCUUGGCAGUAAAUGGUGAGGCUCAGCUGGCUUGUCUAUCGGUACACAUUUCUGUAUGAGUACUUAUCCAUCUAGAGGUCAAUGAUGGACUUUACAACAAGAAUUCCUUCCUUGUGGUCAUUUUCAUUUGCCGUUUGUUUGGCCGACAACAGACCUGUUCUCACGACUAUUUUUUUCAACAUGUACCUGCCUAAGAGAAGAGGGUGUCUCUGGCAACUCAGUUCACAUCCUUGAGAACAAGGAUGUUUCCAAGGAGUGGGGAUUGUCAUGUACCUGUCUAAGAGAAGAGGGUGUCCCUUAUCAUAAUCCUGUUGUUAGUUAGUAUUUAAUAUUAAUUGUUGAUAGUAGUUUAAUUAGUUAAUUAAUAGUUAAUGAAUCAUUGUAAUAGACGGCUAAGAUGUAACCAUCUGUGUGGCUUAGUGAUCGUUAGAUCUAGUUAGGGGAACCUAGUUAUAAAGAGUGAGUCUGUAAUGAAAACGGGAAGAAAAUUAUAAUCAAAAAUAUCGUUUAAUCGAUUAAA